AUGGCAACUUCAUCAGAAGAAAUUUUACUGAUUGUAAAGAAGGUGCGUCAGAAGAAGCAAGAUGGAACCCUGUACCUCUUGGCAGAAAGGAUCGCUUGGGCGCCUGAAGGCAAAGACACAUUUACAAUCAGCCAUAUGUAUAGGCACAUUAAAUGCCAGAAAAUCAGCCGAGAAGGAAAAGCUAAAAUCCAACUUCAGCUGAUCUUACAAUCAGGAGACAAAAUUAAUUUCCAUUUUUCCAAUGGAAGCACAGCUGUAAGCGAGCGAGAUACCGUGAAGGACCUUCUUCAGCAGUUGCUGCCCAAAUUCAACAGGAAAGCCAGGAAAGAACUGCAAGAGAAAAACAGAAGACUGCAAGAAGAUCCGCUUUUGUUUCAGCUUUAUAAAGACCUGGUUGUGAGUCAGGUGAUCAGUGCUGAAGAAUUCUGGGCCAAUCGUUUCAGCCGGAAUGCUGUGGAGAGCCCUGCAGCAUCCAAUCACAAACAGGAUGUGGGCAUUUCGGCAGCAUUUCUGGCUGAUGUCUGCCCCAAAAAAGAGGCUUGUGAUGGCCUGAAGUACAACUUGACUUCUGACAUCGUUGAGUCCGUAUUGAGGACCUACCCAGCAGUGAAAACGAAAUAUGCAGAAAACGUUCCACGGAACAUGACAAAAAAGGAGUUCUGGGCACGGUUUUUGCAAUCCCAUUACUUUCAUAGAGAUCGGCUUUACAUGGGCUCACAGGAUCUCUUUGCAGAAUGUGCCCAAAUGGAUGAAAAAAGUUGGAAAACGAUGCUGUCACUAGGAGUGAAAAAUCCACUAUUAGAUUUGACAGCUAUGGACGAUACAUCCUUAGAUGAGGGCUAUGGGGUCUCCCCCGUGCCAUCUACUUCCAACUCUUCAAAAUCCAUAAAGCAGAAGAGAAAUGCCGCCAUCAUCCAGAGAAUUAACCACCACAGUGCUAUGGUCCUGGCAACGACUCUCAGGAAACGUGAAGCCCAAAACGAGCAUAGCAGUGAAAACGGCAGCACGGAGGGGAACUCUCUGGUUUCAGACUUCUAUCAACCCCCAAUCAAAAGGAUGAAGUUCCAAGAAUCCAUCGACUAUUAAGACUUGGGGGUGAGGGUGGGGGGGAGGGGACGUAACAGCGUCAAAAAUGCACUUAGCCUGAAGAUGAACGAUCGCUAUUAUCAUGGCCCAACUGCAAUUCAGUCCCUCCAGUGUGAAACAAGUCGGGAUAUCAUUGAUGGUUUUCAGAAUAUUAAGCAAGAGAUGGGGAUUGACAGCCCCUGCCCGGCCCACAUUGAUGAUGACAAGCUUCACCAGGAUACUCUAAGCAAAGUUUUGGCUCCUUAG